AUGGAGUGCCAACAACAACAAGUGACGAACGAGCAGCCGCUCCAGCAGUCCCCCGAUCUCCGAUCUGCUUCCCUCUCACGCUCCUCCACCGGCCGCUCCUCGAGGAAAGGCUCGUCGCUCAGCCUCGAUCUCUCCAGCCUCCCUCCUCUCAGCCAGCCCACGCCGCCUUCCAACACACUAAUCUUCACAAACAUCAACUCGCUCGACGUCUUCUCCGCCGACAACCUCCAGACCAUCCGCGACCUCAUCAGCCAGACGGCACCCAUCUUCGCCUGGUCGCCACUCAAGUCCUUCCGCCGCAUCAUCGUCACCUUCUUUGACGAGCAAGCUGCCAUCGCCGUGCGCUCCGUCUGGGACGGCGAGGCCAUCCUCGGCGAGCGCUGCCGCGUCUACUUUGGCCAGCCCACCCCCAUCGACGUAUCCGACGCCGACAAGCACCUGGCCCUGCCCGACGCCGGCAAGCUCUUCUUCAUCAGCCCUCCUCCCAGCCCUCCCCACGACUGGGAGCAGCGUAUGGAGGAUGCGCCCAACACCAUGGUGCACGCCGAGGAUUUGGCUGAGGCGCUUGCCAAGCUGAGGCACCACAACAACCCCAACGGCAUUGACGCCGAUGUCAAGGUCCCUGUCUCUCCGGCUUCCGAUGGCGGCAGCAGUGGCAGGCCCGGCGACUUCAAGGAGAACGCGAGGAAGAACAGGAGUCGCAGCUCGACCCUCAUCUUCCAGCCUGACAAGAACCAUGUCCGCCAGCCUAGCAAUGGCAAUGCCGGCGGCCUGGUAGUCGACUUGCCUUGCGUCACGGUUGACGAUAUGACAGAUGGGCCGGAGGAUGCCGAUGGCGAUAUCGACAUGAGCCCCGUGUCGGACUCGCCCAGGACGAAGCCCAUCCUUGCGCAUACCGCGAGGCCGCCUGUCGAGUUGAUGCACAGUGCUUGA